AUGACGGGCGGGACGCGCGCUUGCCUGCUGCUGGCGGCGCUCCUCGCCGUGCUCUACUCAGGAUGGUGUUCGGAGGACGAAGAGCGCCUGGUGCGCGAUCUGUUCAGAGGAUACAACAAACUCAUACGGCCGGUGCAAAACAUGACACAGAAGGUCGACGUGCGGUUUGGCCUCGCCUUCGUCCAGCUCAUCAACGUUAACGAGAAGAAUCAAAUUAUGAAAUCGAACGUUUGGCUUCGUUUAGUAUGGAUGGAUUAUCAGCUGAUGUGGGACGAAGCAGACUACGGAGGCAUCGGUGUACUUCGCCUACCCCCUGACAAAGUCUGGAAACCGGACAUUGUUCUGUUCAACAACGCUGAUGGCAACUACGAAGUGCGAUACAAGUCUAACGUUCUCAUCUACCCUAACGGCGAAGUACUUUGGGUACCCCCUGCUAUAUAUCAGAGUUCAUGCACCAUCGACGUAACAUACUUCCCAUUCGAUCAACAAACUUGCAUCAUGAAAUUCGGAUCUUGGACCUUCAACGGCGACCAAGUAUCUCUCGCCCUAUACAACAAUAAGAACUUCGUGGAUCUGUCUGAUUACUGGAAAUCUGGAACAUGGGAUAUCAUAGAAGUGCCUGCGUACUUGAACAUCUACGAGGGGAACCACCCUACUGAGACAGACAUCACAUUUUACAUCAUUAUCAGAAGGAAGACUUUGUUCUAUACUGUGAACUUGAUUCUGCCGACCGUACUUAUCUCGUUCCUUUGUGUGUUGGUAUUCUACCUGCCUGCUGAAGCUGGAGAAAAGGUAACACUGGGUAUCAGCAUUUUGCUGUCACUGGUUGUGUUCUUGCUCCUGGUAUCGAAGAUCCUCCCGCCGACCUCUCUCGUGCUGCCUCUCAUCGCCAAGUACCUGCUGUUCACAUUCAUCAUGAACACCGUCAGUAUCCUCGUCACGGUCAUCAUCAUCAACUGGAACUUCAGAGGACCUAGAACCCAUCGCAUGCCUCUUUGGAUUCGAAGUGUGUUCUUGCACUACCUGCCUGCCGCGCUGCUCAUGCGGCGUCCCCGCAAGACCCGCCUGCGUUGGAUGAUGGAGAUGCCCGGGAUGGGCGCGCCGCCGCACGCCGCCGCCCCGCACGACCUGCCCAAGCACAUCAGUGCUAUUGGGGCGAACCAAAGCAAAAUGGAGGCGAUGGAGCUGUCUGACUUGCAUCAUCCUAACUGCAAGAUCAAUCGAGCUGCUGGAGGCGGUGGUGAAGUGGGCGCCUUGGGUGGUCUAGGCGCGCUCGGCGGCCUCGGCCUCGGUGGGGAGAGACGGGAGUCAGAGAGCUCCGACUCCCUUCUUCUGUCUCCUGAAGCAGCCAAAGCAACUGAAGCAGUCGAAUUCAUUGCAGAGCAUUUAAGAAACGAAGAUCUUUACAUUCAGACGCGCGAGGACUGGAAGUACGUUGCCAUGGUGAUCGAUAGACUUCAGCUGUACAUCUUCUUCAUCGUGACCACUGCUGGGACUGUCGGCAUCUUGAUGGACGCGCCACACAUCUUCGAAUACGUUGACCAAGACCGGAUCAUCGAAAUAUACCGAGGAAAGUAAACGACAAGCAGCUUAUUGAGUACGACAAUCUUAUUUAGAGUUGCUUAAUGUUGUAGUAGUCAACCCAGUUAAAACCUUCCGGAGCAACUUACAUCUUCCUAUGAAAAUCAUAAUUAAAUGGUACAGUAUGUACAGUCAACCAAUUGGAACCCUAUUAGGCCACUGUAGAACUUUGUCAAAGUAAUGUUAUAAAUCAGAUCGUAAAAAAUCUCUUACUGCUUGUCAUUUUCACAUGGUUGUAGAGUGGCCUAGGGUUCCAAUUGAUUGACUGUACAGGUGACAGAUAUUGUUAAUUUACAAAUUAAGUCCAAACAAUGCUCAGUUUUAUUUUUAAAUUAAUUAAGUAGUUAUAUAACCUAAACAUAUAAAUAUUUUAAGGCGAUCGAGCAUUAUAACGUAGGUACUUAAUAAAGGUAUUCAAAGACAAAGUUGUACUCACCCAUGCUUCCAAUGCGAAUUUAAGUUAGUAUUACAUACUUAAACUGACUAAUAUUAAUUUGGCAGGCAAUCAGUUUUAUUUGAAAAGCCACACUAAUAAACUAAAUCUUAAACCAAGGCCUGCCUUGCUCAGCAGUGGGAUAAGAAGAAAAUAUAAUUCUUUUGCAUAAUUACUGCCCAUUCUCUUACUAAGUAGCAAGCUUUCGUGUUUCGUCCUACCGUACCUGAUAAAGUGGUAUCCACAGAAAAACUUCAACACUUGGCUCGCUCAGCGUAUGAUGAUUGAUGAUACAGGAUACCUGCCUAGUAGCCUAGCACGUAUGUAUGCUCAUACAAGUUGAUAGUAUUGAUACCGACGUGGAUUUGUCAAGCCAUGUGGGAAAGGGUUGAUAUUAAGAGAUGUCGCGGUGUAUACAUAAUAUAUGUAGGAUUAAUUUUAUUACUAAACACACAUAUAUUUAUUUACAUGGCUAUACUUUAUUUAGUUGCGAGCAGACCGUUUGCCGCAGUGGACAUUCUUUAUACUGUAGUCAGGAAUGUCAAUCUAGAGCUUCAAAACGAAUUAGGAGACGAAGUUUAGGUAAACCAAAAUGCACUUAAUUAGUUCGUAUUCAUUUACUUAGCCAUUAGUUCAAAUAAGAUUAUAAUAGGCUAAUACAAUAAAUUAAUAGAAAUUAAAAUGGCUGUGUUCGAAGUUUACCUAGCGUAAAGCACAAUACUGUUUCGACAUAAGUUUGUAUUUUGACAUGUAAUUAGGGAAGAGGUAAUAGCGCGAUAAUUUUAAAUCAUAAUAUUAAGAAAUGUUAUCAUUAAUAUACUGUUUUCUUUCAUUGAAAGCUAUUGUUUUACGAGUUACCUACUUCUGGAGAUUAUUAGGCUAAUAAAAAGUGGAGACAACAUGCUACUGCAUUUUUCUUCGCUACUUAUUUAUAUUAUCAUGGACGAACUAAAAUUGGUUGCUAACCUAUUUUUUGGGUAUAGAGCUUUCCGAGCAUAGCAAAGUCAUAUAUUUACUGUUAUAGUUUGUUAAUUUAGAAAUAAUAUUCAAACAAGUUGAAUAAACAUUGUCGGGUAAAAAUGUAUAUCGACUGCAGUCUCCUAUACCUAAAGUAAGAAAACAUAUUAGCGUUAUUAUAUUAGUAUAGAUGUUUCUUACGUUUUUGAUUUUAUCAUUAGAUAUAUGUAUUUAAAUAGAAUACUGUUAAAGCUGAGAAAUGAGAAAACAAUAUCUCGGUACCGGCUUGUAAGACCCUGGUUUUGACCUGGCGUCGAAGGCAUAGGUUAUUUGUAACUCUGCCUAAUAGCACUAACUUAUACUUACGCACUUACUGUAAAAUAUCUUGUCCACUCAUUACUUUUAUAUCCAUGUUGUUUUAAUAAAUUUUUACGUGCGAAAAA